AGAAACAAGCGAGCGAGCGACGGGGUCGCGGCGACUCGAAGAACCCGGCUUCAGAAACGAACAGGGAACCGUCGCGAGUGUGUGACGUUGGCGCGCCGCCUAGUGUGAUGUUAGGAGAAAAGAGGGGAAGAGAAAAAAAAAACGGAAGUCCUGCUGCAGUUUUUAGAGCGAUAAUAAUAUACCGCCUAUGCAAGCCCGGUGUGAACGGUCAUUGUGAAUCGCGGUGUAUCGGGUUUCGGGGAAAGAUAUUGUAAUAUAUCUAACAUAAAGAGUGUGUUCGUUCAGUCGUCCGGAGUAGAGUGGCGGAGUUGUCUUGUAUUUUUCUUCGCUCCCUCUCGCUACUACUGCUCCGUGGUUAUCCGAUAAUAACAAUAGUGCGUCAAUCACGUGUCCGGAAACCAGUGGGCCCCUCCACCUCCCCUCCCUCUUCCCGAUCUCCGAUCACCGAGAACGUUUGCUGAAUAAACGGGGAAUAAGCUGUUGCGCGUAUGCGGCGUAAGAAGAAUUGAGAGAGAGGGAGAGAAGAGGAAGGAAAGAAGAGAGAAAGAGAGCGUGUUGGACGCGCUGUAGAUACGGAGAGAGACGGAGAUAGGAGAGAAAGAGCCGGGGCAAAGCAGAGCAGAGUGUGCACUACCAACUAGCAGUGAAGUGAGUGUCCCGAAGCAGCAGCAGCAGCACCGAGCAGCCGCCACGAGAUCCACGCCUCGGUUACACCGACAUGGCCGCCGAGGCCAGCUGAAAUUAUCAAGCGAUACGUACCGUCGUCGUUCCCGUUCGUUGGCUCGCCGCAACGUCCUCCUCCUCUCCUCGUUGUUAUGCUUCUUUUCUCGGGCAAACUUAUUGUUGGUAGCUUAUUUCCAGAUACGUACGCAACUGAUUCACGGACGUGAACGGGACACGUGCCCUUUGUAGAAAACUCGUCGUAGGAAACUGUUCACCUCUGACAAUCCUGCGUUUAUAUUUUAUUUUAUUUUCAUCUCGCAUCGAUAUUUUCUAUCGUCUGUCGACCGACCACCUUACUUACGGAUCCGUGUCGAAGAGAAGAAACAGCGGACAACGGAUACGUUUGUUAAUACAGGAGAUAAACGCAUGUGUUGUAACGAUACGACGCCGAACGAAAGGGAUCGUCGUCGAGUUUAUUGUAACGAAUCUCUCUAUCUCGUACAAAUGCGCGAGUGUUGGAUUCGUCGUGAGGAUCCCGUGUGCGGUAACCGUGUGUGCUUAAUAUUGCUCGGUUGAUUAUUUAAACUAUUGCAACAUUAAUAUAACACGUUCGUUCGGACACAUGUAGACGUGAAAAACUACGUCGUCUAACGUCUCUCUCGCUCUCCUGUACAUUCGAACAAUGCAAGAGAGUUGAAAUAAGGUGGUUAAAUCGUAUACCCAGUUAUAAAACGUCAUACACGGUGUAUAAUAACAACACGGGUCAAUCAAGAAAGAAAGAGAGAGAGACAGGGAGGAGUGAUAAAACAGGCAAUAGGGGAAGAAGAAGAAGACGAAGAAGCAGCAGCAGCAGUAGAAGAUAGUAGUAGUAGUAGUAGUAAAUGUACGAGAAGAAUUUAUUCUCGCAUUCGCUACGGGAAAGAAAAAGGUCACUGCCAUCGAGACGUCUCCUCAGCCAACGGUGCGUGAAAAGUUUAAGAGCCGGAGAGCGAGUAUAGCUGUUCCGAUCUUUGGAAGUGAAAUAAAAAAAAAAAAAAAAACAAAAAGAAAAAUAAGCAAAAGAAUAAAACAAGUAAUAACUGAAAAUAUGGUAUAAAUAUCGAGAAGGGAAAAACAAAAAAUAAAAAUAAAAAAAAGAACACCGCGUCGAGUACCGAAGAAUAAUAACAAAAAGGUUCGCGGAACCUUCGUCGACCCCUGUGACUCCCCUCUUCUCCGCUCCUCCUUCGUCCGACUGGUCGCCCUUCCCCCCCCCCCCCCCCCCCCAUCCCUCGAUAUCGCAAAGGUAGUGGCAGUGUACGUGUGGUAGUGGUGACGGUGGCGGUGGCAGUUGGCAGUGCGCUGGUGGUGGUGCCGGUCGGUCGGUUCGGUUCUCUCUCUACGCACUUGGGGGAACGAGCCCAGAGUCGAGUCGAGUCGAGCCGAGCUGCCGAGAGAAGUUUUUGGCGUGUGUAAAUGUGCGCGCGUGACACGAAUAUAUACGGUGGUGUGGGAAAGAGAAGCGACGAGGACCGACGACGCGUAUGUACGCCCGGUUAUUUCUGUUACUUGUGGGGACGGCGUCGUGUUAAAAUAAGCGGUGAAUGAAGCGGCCUGUUGACUGCCGGCGGCGCGGCUUACGCGACGAAUCGAGCGACGACGAAACUACUACGGGGGACGAGGGCGCGAAACCGGACGCGGAAACACCCUCGACGGAUAGUUCGGAGGAAGUUUAACGUCGCGUUUCAUCGUCGUUACGGAGACUCGAGGAGACCUCGAGGCGACUCUCGUCGAUACCUACUUCGGACAAUCGGCCGUGUCUACGUGUACGCUCUGUGUGACUUUUCUACACGCGAAUAUCGACAAUCUUGAACUACGACGAGACCCAUCCGAGUUAUUUUUCGCGAAAAAACGCGUGAUUUUAUUGUUGCAGAUGUAUUCGGAUAUUAUUAUUUUUUUUUUUUCUACACGUGACGCGGUGAGGCGGUACAAGUGAAGUUGAUUCAAGUGUUAUUUCUCUUGAUCCGACGAUCCUUACUGUGGGAUUGAAAAAAUUGAUCUUAUUACGCGAGUGACGGAGACGGUUGUAUCGAAGAUCGUUUUCGUUACGGAAUACGGAAUUACCGGAAGGUGCGGUAUGAGAAGCGACCAAGUGCUUCGAGCAGAAGUUGUAUAAUCGAUUUUUAUUGGUUUUUUUUUUCCUUCUUUUUUUUACAAUUCUUUUACUUCCAACGACGUUACGGAACAAAUCCGCAGCUGAAUCAUAACAGCAGCGACUGACGCGUGUAAAACAAGAGUGUGUUUUGUUUCUGUAUAUGGUACAAGGGGCUCGUACUGUAGCCUGUGUGUUGCACGCGUCGUACAAGGGAGAGUUGAGAAGAAGAAGAAAAAAAAAAGAGGAGCUAAAGAGGGAGGAAAAAAAGGCGACAAAGUGCGCGGUAAAAAGUGGAAGGGAAGAGGGAAGGUAAUUCGGUGCGGUCGGUGGAUUAAAAGUGUAGAAGUGUGGAUACCUUGGACUGCCCCCCGCCCCCGGCGCUGCCCCCGCGGCGCCCCCCCUGGCCCCCCAACAACCUAAGUGCCGCGACCCUAAGGAGCCUCAGUUUGGCGGGAAAUAGUCUAGCAACCGGUAACGCGCGCUCUUCCAGCUCCAGUUCAACGUCCAGUUCCGGUUCCUGCAGUUCGAGUCAUUCCUCGAGCGAGCAACCCUUGCUCAUUCAACAACACAGGAAGACCUCGUCGGCCCCCAAUAACCAAUUUCUGCACCAGCUGACACCGCCCAAGUAUCCAGCGCCGCCGCGACCCCCCAGUCGAAACGGUGGGGAUGAAGGGCGCGUCGCGAGGACGGGAAGCGGCCGCUUCGGAGCCUCGCCGAGGGGGGGGCCGCAGCAACGAGUCGGUUCUGGGGCAGGACGAGCAGUGCGAACGAGCUGCAGCGGCGACGAGACGACGAGCAUCGCCGGAAACCCGGUACUGCGUUACAAUCCCGGAUCAGCCCCGGCAUCGGUGUUUGAAAAUCGCGGCACGUCGAGCGAUUUGCAAUGGAGUAGAAACGGCGGGGCGUCUGGAUCACCGGGAAGGAGUCCAAGAGCGAUCGGACGGCAAUCCGCAUCUUCAUCGCCGGCACCAACAGCGACGCGAAACAGUUACAGGCACCACCCGCCGACGUCGGAUAUCGUCGUACAACCGGAUAUCUGCAGGUGGUCAGAUCGCCUCGAACUGAGAGGCGGCGUCGUCCCGAUGUCACGGCCGCCCUCCUCAUCCUCGUCGUCGUCAUUCUCCUCCUCCGUCGCCCCCGCACCCUCCCCGGCGAUAUCCGCUUCCGCCCUGGCCAGGGUCCACGGCCACGAUCACAACCGGCCCCUCCCUCCCCCCAGAUUGCCCGAAACGGCGACGGGCCCCGCGGGUCAUCAGUCCCUCCAUCAGGCGCCCCUAACCGCGCCGCUCACUCCGCUGUCUUCCUCGUCGCCGCCCUCGUCGCUCACCGCGAUAGGGACUUUAAGGACGAGCUCACGGGCACCCGCGCCUCCGCCUGCGCCGAUUCACGACGCUGUCAGGAUACCGCCAGUCUCCGAUCAGGAUUCGUUUAACCUGCAGAACAGGAACGCGACGCCGACGCCGACGCCGACAUCGAGGAGUCCCGUGCAGGUCGCGAGCGAGGUUACGCUGACGGUGCCGAGGCCCGACGGGGAAAGGGCGGUGAACGAGUACGUAGAGACGCCGUUCAGGCCGACGGGCAACGUCGUGAGCAGCCAAAAGUCAUGCCUGAAAUCGGAGAGGAGGACGAAGCGUCACCUUCACCAUCAUCUGCAUCAUCAUCAUCACCUGCACCAUCAUCAUCAUCAACACGGUCGGAACGCGGCGACGAUACCGGUAACGCCGGCGUCAUCGUCGCCCGGGAAGAAGAAUUCUUCGACGGCCGUAACGAAGCAGCCGGUAUCGUUCACCAAGGAACCGACGAACCCGCCGGGCGCUUUGUCUCAGCAGAUACAGCUUCAGCAGCAGCAGCAAAUACUACAGCAACAGAGGUCCUCCUUGUUUCCGGGGGGCAUAGGCUUCGGGGCUGGAGGUGGAGGCCUAGGAGGCGGCGGAAGCGGGGGUGGAAACGGAGGCGCGAUGAUACCUCUGGACGAGGGACUGUCGAUAAUGUGCGAAUACUGCGGCAGGUGUCGUUGCGAAUCCUGCAGGGAACCACCGCCGUUGCCGAGCCGUUGGCUGUGCGACAACGCUUGUUUUUGCUCCGCCGAAACGGCACUGGACUACGCCUCGUGUCUCUGUUGCGUUAAGGGUUUGUUUUAUCACUGCGGCGACGCCGGUAGCGGCGUUGAAAACGAGGGCGAGGGCGCCGGAAGCUGCGCCGACGAACCUUGCUCGUGCAACGGAUCUAGCCGAUUGGCGCGAUGGACUUGCCUCGGUGCCUUGGCCCUCGCUUUACCUUGUCUGUUGUGCUACUGGCCGUUGAAGGGCUGCGUGGCCGUUUGCGAGGCUUGUUACGCGCGUCACGCGUCUCACGGAUGCAGAUGCGAUCCGUCGGCCGCAGCCGUCGCUGCCGCGAACGCCGCCGCGAACGCCGCGGCCGCCGCCAGGCAUUUGGCACCUUCGAAUUUAAGGGACUCGAGGGAUCCCGAAAAGAGAUUACUCGAUCCUGUCACACCCGAGCUAUGAGAGACACGGCGGCGAAUGUGUUUUUACGCGUUGUUGCGGAGACACGAUAUCGCAGGUAUACGCCGAUGCCGAUCGAACCGACUUGGACGCUCGGAGCUGUGCGCCCAUUCCCCUCCGUUUCACGAACGAUUCGUCAUGUACAUAUUAUAUUAUACUAUAUUAUGUUAUAUUAUAUAUUAUGUAUCACAGGUCAAUAUAUAUAUAUAUAUACAUAUAUAUAUAUAUAUAUAACUGUAUUAAUUGUAAAUCGUUGUGUGUUACACAAAACUCACCGUUGCAUAUAACUUACUGCACGGACGGACACGCGCCGGUUUUUUCCUCAUUUUGUGUAUACAAAUACACACUCCCAUCCUUCGUACACACAGUCAUACGGCACGUUAUCCAACGCGCAGAGAGGGAGAGGAUGAGACUCGUUUGGAUGGGUGGUUUGGAGAAAUGAAAUGUUAAACAUUCUCUAUGUUCAAUGAAGGGCGUGAGAGAGAGAGACUAAUAUGAUAUAUACAAUUAUUAUAAAAUAAAGAAAUAAGCUGUGUGCGAGGUGGUUUUCGGUAUAUGUGUGUAGGGAGAGAGAAAGAGAGAGAGAGAGAGAGUGAGAGAGAGAUUCGUGGUGGCAUAACGAUAUGAAAAAUCGAAACUGGAUAAAAGCAAAGAGAAGUAAAUGAUAGAGAAGAAUGAAAAAAAAAAAUACAACAAAGAAUGAGAACUGAUUCAAAUCAGUAGAAGUGUAGUAAACAAGUGUAUUGGUUGCGUUUAGUACAACAGUUGCAUUUAAGGUGAAAAUUUGAUAAAAAAGUUAAGAAA